CUCUCUAUCGCCCCUCCCCAGCGACCCCACUCUCUGUAUUCCGACGCCGCCUAUAAACACCUUCUCUUGUUGUCUCAUGCCCUCCUAGCAAUCAUUUCCCAGAUGACCACCACCACCACCGACAUCCGCCACGGAGCCACCAAAGAUUAGUCCACACUCCACACUCCAGAGGGUGCAAGCUUGACUCUCCUAUUGAUUUGUUAAUUUCUGAUGGCGAGCUCUUUGCAACACUUCUCCAGCCAUGUUCGUCUUUCUCGAACCACUAUUGUCUCAGGAUCCAAACCUUUCUUGGUGGACGCAUUUGUCAAGAUCAAACCUGUUGAGCAUGUAAUGGGCUUACCUGCCACAACUGCAACCCAACAAGGACCAGGGUCCUUAUCAAGAUUUGCCUCCUCCACUCUUUCCCGUGCCCUCAGCACAGCCACUGCUGCAAGUGAGACUCAGACCCAGAAGCUUGAGCGCAUUGCCGACGAUCUCCUUGACCUCACAAAGCUCGAGAGGCACGACUACUCCAUCCUUUUCAGGCUGAAAAUGGGCCUCAAUCGGUACGGCCCAGCAGUCUCGGGUAUUGGCUCGGCAUCUUCUGAAUCUGGGCCUGCUUCAACAGAAUCCAAGGUCGCUGAGAAGUCUGCAUUUGAUAUAAAGAUUGAGAAAUUCGACGCAGCGGCAAAGAUCAAGAUCAUAAAGGAGGUUAGGACUUUCACUGACUUGGGACUGAAGGAGGCUAAAGAGUUGGUGGAGAAGGUCCCUGUUGUGGUGAAGAAAGGGUUAACCAAGGAGGAGGCGGGGCCCAUUGUCGACAAGCUUAAGGAGUUGGGUGCCACUGUGGUAUUGGAAUAAAUUGAAUUAUGCUAUUUUGUUUUGCUUAUUUCUUCUGUUUCCUUUCACUUAGGAUAGUUGAGUUAAAUGAUAAAGGGAAGAUAAUAUAUGCUUUGCGCCAGAGUUCUGGAGGUUAGGAUUGUUCCAAAACGUUUCCACCACCCAAUGAAUUAUUUUUAUCUGUGGCGA